GUAGACUUGAUCAUCAUUAUUAUUUUGGCGAAUAGUACAUGAUGCAGUUAUAAUGCGUAGAAAAAUUUACUAGGGGAUUCCCACAGCGAAAAGCGUUCGUGGCCGAAUUAAAUUUGGAAAUACCCGGUAUAUAGGGGAGCAGUUCUGGAUGAUGACGAUAGGGAGAUACGUGGUGGACUGUACAGUGUGGAAGUUCCUUGGUGGUUGGUGGUGUGAAAUUUUGAUUCAAGGAACUGACCAGAACUGUUUUCUUGAACUGAAUCCUAUGAAUAGGGCCGACAGUGCACAUAUGGCGUUCUGAAAUAUAUCUGCUUACGUUAGCAGCAUCUUUAUAUGGCGUGUACAACAAAUUGCCAUAUCCUGAAGGAUGAGCCUUUCCCGCGCCAUCAUAAGGGUUGUGAUUAUUUAGCCACGCCUAUGACAGUUUUUCCACCUUCCUGAUACUCGUAUGUGGCGCCUCGCUGCGCUGACUGCCGGAUGAAGGGCCCUUCGAGGAAUUUUGUGUGGGCGGUAAUCAUGCAUUCCCGUUUGCGGUUAGACGUUCUGGCGGCGGUGAUCGUGGUUCAUCCCUUGGCGUGAUUUAGGGUUUCGAGGCUGGCAGAGAAGCAGCGAGAAGUGAGUGGGUGAACGGGCGCCGUGCCAAAUUGUCCGGGUUAAAUACAGACCAUGAGAGCGCGCCUAGUCCGGUUGUGGCGGACGAGACGCGUGUCUGCCUGCGUGCCCUUUCACUGCUGCAGCAGUGUUCUCGAAAAACGAACGAACGACUUUUUGUUACACAAUUGCGAUCGAUUAUGGAGCCACUGGACUUGACCUUCCUGUCUCCAGAGCUGUGGUACCAGCAGUUUGUGACACUGGAUGGGCUGAAUUCUGGGGUACCAACACGAACAACGCCAACUCUGACACCAACAACACUGCGCAACAUUGAGCAGACUUUCAUUGAACUACAGAGUGAAGUGGAAUCACACCAGAACGAGGCUGGCUUUGUCCCCCCAGUGGUGCAACCCAUCACACAAGGUAGCACAUAUAUGAGCCUUGUGGAUAGCAAGGGUUGGCAAGGUGGAGUAGCAUCCAUUGUGCAGACCCGCCCAUCUGUGGUUACAGCGGCAACAACGGCACCCACCACAGCAAUGACAACUACACGCAGGAAUAUGGGUGGAAGGCGACCCACAAAAAACAGUGGGAUCUCUCCUGAGGAGGAAGAGAGGAGAAGAGUGCGGCGGGAAAGAAAUAAGAUGGCAGCAGCACGAUGCAGAAAAAGGAGAAUGGACCACACCAAUGCCUUGUUGCAGGAAACAGAGGGCCUAGAACAGAAGAAACAGGGUCUGCAGCAGGAGAUUCAGCAGCUGCAGAUGCAGAAAGAGGAGCUGGAGUUCCUUCUCGAGGCACACAAGGCAUGUUGCCGGCUCAGUGGCUCAUCUGGACCUCAGUCCCCACAAGAUAUCAAGCCCUUCGUAUAUCCAGCAUCUGGCCUGGAGGAUAAACCAGUUCGUGUGAAGCAGGAACUUGAUGAUUCCAACACUACUGUGACCGUGCCACUUAGCCAGCCCAUGCCCCCAAAGAGGCCUACCCUGGCCAGUGAUGCAACUUCCGGAGUAAAGCCCUCACGCCCCAACUCCCUCCCUGUGGCUACAGCUUUCACACCCUCGCACAACACCCUCAAGGCUGCUGUGUCAGUUUCUGAAGUGGCUGGUGUUCCCAUUACAACUCCCUCUGCUGGGAUUCCAUUCAACUUUGAAUCACUCAUGGAAGGAGGGACAGGACUGACACCAGUGUCAACACCUCUAGUGCCAUCGUGCUCAAGUCAGCAGCGUAACUCUGCUGCUGGCUGCGUUGAUUUGUCCAGCCCAGAUUCAGUCCCGCCCAAGCUUGUAUCUUUGUGAUGCCACAGGGGCAAGGAGGCCAAUAGGGAGGUGCAAAGAUAACAUUUAUGAUACCAAAGUGGCCUCAUCAUGUUGCCUUGACUUGAGGUGAAAAGGUUUUGCUCAAUAUCACCUUCUCAAUUUUGCUGCUGCUGCCAAGAAAAUGCCUUUUACUACUGUUUGUGGAGUUUGACUUUUGUGCUGCAGGAAGCAAUACCACACCUCAACAAGUCCAUAAUGUGGGUGUUGCAAUAUUCAGAUGGGCAGCAUUAUUGUACCAAAUUACCGUACUUAAAGUGCGCUCAAAACUGUUUCUGCUCAAGCAUCUUGUAAAAGCUCACCACCCACAUUUGGUCCUUAAAGACUUUUUUUUUUAAGAAGCAUUAAGAUUUUGUACUAUGUAUUGGAUAUAUAUAUAUAUCUGUGAUGUGAAUUGUGAAUAAAAGAGCUUUUGAUAAUCAGA